CCGUCCAUUUAUUCAUACUCGAUCUAUUAUUCGGCGGCGGCUGCCUCUGCUUGCUUGUGACUGUCGUGUCUGUGCGUGUGUGUGUACGUACAUACUCCAGUAUAUAUAUGCAUUGCUGCAUGUCGCUUCAUCCUCACCGCCGCCACGGCGACGGCGACGUCGACGGAUCAGCAUCAGGAUCAGGAUCAGCGCGCCUCACCGCCGGCCUCAUCAACUUCCUCGAAUCGCGUCGCGCCGGCGCCAUGAGCACCACCAACAGCUCAUCCUCUGUCUCUGUCCCAGCCAUGGACGCCCAUGGACAGGAGGAGGAGGAGGAGCCGAUGCAGGUGCAGCAACAGCAGGCGUUCCGCGGGGUGCGCAAGCGGCCAUGGGGCAAGUUUGCGGCGGAGAUCCGCGACUCGACGCGCAACGGCGUGCGCGUGUGGCUGGGCACGUUCGACAGCGCGGAGGAGGCGGCGCUGGCCUACGACCAGGCGGCGUUCGCCAUGCGCGGGUCGGCGGCGGUGCUCAACUUCCCCAUGGAGCAGGUGAGGCGUUCCAUGGACAUGUCCCUCCUGCAGGAAGGGGCGUCGCCGGUGGUGGCGCUGAAGCGGCGGCACUCCAUGCGAGCGGCAGCAGCGGGGCGGCGGCGCAAGAGCGCUGCACCUGCACCGGCGGAUCAGGAAGGCGGAGGAGGGGUGAUGGAGCUGGAGGACCUGGGACCUGACUACCUGGAGGAGCUGCUAGCCGCCUCUCAGCCCAUCGAUAUCACCUGCUGCACAAGCCCAAGCCACCACUCCAUCUGAUCUCUACUCGUAUUCCUCACACGCGCAGAGGAUGCACAUCCUCUGCACUACACUUGUACUAGCAGUGGUUAACAUGUGGAUCCGGUUCCAUGCUCUGAUUGUUGCUUAUAUUUUUCAAGGAAUAUAAACAAAUCCGAUCCUGAGUUAAUUAGUGUAAAUAUAUAGAUUUUGGGUUUCAGGAUUACCAUUUUUAUUUUUGGUGGCACCAUCCAGCUUAACAUUGCUCCGAUUCACAAAAAGAAAAAGAAAACACUCCUACUGUACAUAUACAUAUAUGGGCGAGCAAAUUAAAGCGGGAAAUGACGCUGUGUUUGAAAUCGUCUAA